AUGAAUGAAGCUUUUAAAUGUAUUGAAGAAUUGUUGGGUCAAGAGAAUAAAUUAACAGAGAAACAACGAGAUGACAUAUUAAAUACAAUAAUGAUGAGGAUCGAAGAAUUUGUUGAGAUUGAUGGAGAAAAAACUGCUUCAAUAAUAAAAACAUCUUUUCGUGGUGCUCACCAAACAGUGAUUACUAAUUUAUCGUCAUCUCCAGCGCGUCUGUUUUUAUAUUUAAGGGGCCUGUUGGAACCUUCUCAAGACGACGAAACAAACAAUUGUCAAUUGGUAAGGAUAAAGUCUGUUAACGAACAAAUAUAUGAUCCAGAAACAUCUGCAGAUGAGUCAUGCCUUGAUCCGGAAAUUCAUUAA